AUGAGAUGGCCCUCUGGUCUAGACUUGAGGACCUGGUCUUUAGAAUCUCAACUAACUGAUCUGUCCUUGGAAAUUCAGGACUUGUUAGAAUCAGAUUUUACUAUUAAUUUUGAUCAUGCAAUUCCAUUCACUGGUGGAUCAUCAAUUAAGUUAAUUUGA